AUGACGUGCACGAAUGUGUUGCUCAUUGCUGUGAAGUUUUGCAGGGCCAGCAGACGGCAUGCACGCCAGCCCCCGGCCAGCCUAAGAGGCCCUUUAACAUGGCUGAAGCAGCAGCCCGCUGGCCGGCUGUCUCCUGGCAGCUCUGAGGACCUGCAGGAGAUGCUCGGUUGCAAGUGGAUGCGGACUUCUGGAAAGUUAGGAGGCAGUGUGGCGGCCACCCCUCCGGUGGUGCCAGAGCCUUGGCGCCUGCAGCACCUACUCGUAGCCCUCUCCCCAGUCCUGGAGGAGCAGAGAAGAACCAAAGAUGAUACUUGGAAAGCGGAUGACCUCAGAAAACACCUUUGGGCUGUGCCUUCAGGGGCCCCCAAAGAAGGGAAGAGACACCGAGAAAGGAAACCGCCCAAGGGGUUGGAGGCAGACCUGCUGGAGUACGUGGAGCGGAGGCAGAGGGAUCCUGACCAGGCGGCCCAGAGGGACGGCCCCCCUGCACAGGAGAGUCCUCGCGGGGAGAGAGGGACGCAGAAGGAAAGGAAGAAAGACACCAGAGAGCGGGACAAAGAGAGGCUGAGAGAGAGACACCGAGAACAGGACGCGGAGAAGUCGCACAGCCGCGGGAAGGACAGAGAGAAAGACAAGGAGAGGAGGGCCCGGACAGAGGAGCUCAGGCAGACCACGGCCUACCACAACCUGCUGGGCUGGGAGGCUCGCGCGCAGUUCCUGGGGAGCAAGAGCCGCUCAGUGAGUAAAGUAAGAGGCGAAGAGAAGGAAAGGAGAGAGGGAACCUCGGAGAGAGGAGACGAUGACAGAGAGAGAAGAUACCGUGAGAGGAAGUUGCAGUACGACGGCACCCAGGACGCCCCGCUGCAGUUGUCCCCGGAGGAGGGCGUGGGGCGGCACCACCGGCCUCGGGAGCCCCGCGGAGAGAGCAGACGCCGGGAGAAGAGCGGCGCCCGGGCGAGGCGGGAGCAGCACCCUGGAGAGGAGAGCGCGAUCUCGGGCAGAGAGGGCGAAGACAGGCCCGGAGGGAGGCGGCACGCAGAGGGCCUUCACGGGGAGGACGAGCGGCACCGCGGCCACGCCGGGAAGGAGAGGCCGCCGAAGGCCGAGCACAGGAGGAGGGGCUCCCAGAAUGACGAGCCCAGGAAUCCAAGUUCAAGAAGAGACGGGACUAGCAGCCGGCAUGCGGAGGCUGUGACCAGGAACAAUGGGAAAGACAAAGACUCACGGCAGAAGGAAAUGGAAAAGGAAGAUGAUUUGGAAAGUGCUGGAGCUGAUGAAUAUCUCGAAGAGGAUUUUGAAGACUAUGAGGACGACUUUGAAGUCUGUGAUGGCGACAAUGACGGCAGCAACAGUGAGCCCGAGUGCAGAGACAAAAUGGGAGAGCUUCCUCUGGCUCAGAAAAAGGAGGUACAGGAGGUUCAGAGAGCCAUCGACGCAGAGAACGAGAGGAUCGGUGGAUUGUCUCUGAAACUGUUUCAGAAGCAAAGCCCAGUGGACGGCGAGAGGGAAUCCGGAACAGACGCAGACACUCCUGCUUCCAGGACGCCCGUUUGUGGGAUUUUUGUGGACUUUGCAACAGCCUCGCACCGUCAAAAGAGUCGGACUCAGGCCCUGAAGCAAAAGACACGGAGCACGGAGCUGCUCCGGCUCAUCGACCUCGACUUCUCGUGCACGGUGUCUCUCGUGGACCUGCCCCCGGUGAGCGAGUACGGCACGUACAUCAGGAACUUUGGGAAAAAGAACACCCAGCAGGCCUACGUCCAGUGUAACGAGGACAGUGUGGAACGAGACACUCAGACCGAGGACACGGAGACCAGGCAUGUGUGGACGCAGCACCCAGGGGAGGGUGCCCUUGUGUCUGGAGGUAGUGAGAACAGAGAUGGCGCUGAUGGCACCGUUGUGCCGAAGAUCGACACGCCCCGGCUGUCUGCCUUCCUCCGGGCAGCUUGCCAGGUGGUUGCAGUUUUGCUCGAAGAGGAUCGGAUGGCAGCUGGGCCCAGCUGGAAUCUGAGGGCACAAGAGCACACCCUGCCCUUCAGCGAGAGCUCCUCACAGCUGAACACGAGCCUGCCCUUCCUUCAGAGUCGGAGAGUGUCCUGCCUGCACGCCUCUCGCGCUCAGAGGCACAUGGUGGUCUCUGUCCACGAUUUACCCGAGAAGGCCUUCGCGCCCUCGCUGGACGGCAGAUACGUCCUUUGCGUGUGGGACAUCUGGCAGCCGUCAGGGCCUCAGAAGGUCCUGAUCUCUGAGUCCAAGGUGACGUGCUGCUGCUUCAGCCCGUCCAAGGCCUCCUUGCUGUUUGCUGGGACGGCGCACGGCUCGGUGCUCGUGUGGGACCUGAGGGAGGACUCGCGGCUGCACCGCUACGUGGGGCCGAGCGACUGCACCUGCACGUUCCGGACGCCCACGUUCUCUACCGAUGGGACCCUGACGUCUGUGAGCCACCGGAGCCGCCUGCAGGCAGUAGAGCCCGUCCCCACGUCUGUCUACAGAAAGCAGAGCUGCGUGCUGUCUCCGUUCUCCACUCAGGAAGAGAUGGGCUUGUCGUUUCACAUCGCAUCCCUGGACGAGAGCGGCGUCCUCAAUGUGUGGGUGGUGGUCGAGCUGCCCAAGGCGGACACCGCGGGCUCAGUAAGCGACUUAGGUCUGCUCCCCGGAGGGAGGAUCAAGUUGGUGCACAGCGCUGCGGUCCAGCUGAGCGACAGCCUCCCCCAUCAAGGCAGUGGACUCUGGGGGACCGUGCAGACACUGAGUGUUAAAUUCCUGCCGUCAGAUCCCAACCACUUUGUCGUUGGCACGGACAUGGGCCUUGUAAGCCACAGCACACGGCAGGAGGUGACGGCAUCUCCUCGGUCAUUCAAGCCCCUGCAGGGUGGCACGCGGCCAGUCAGAGUCAAUGUGAUCGACUUCUCGCCAUUUGGAGAGCCAAUAUUCUUGGCUGGCUGCUCGGACGGGAGCAUCAGGCUGCACCGGCUCACGGCCGAGCACCCCGUUCUACAGUGGGACAACAGCACCACCGGCCACGCAGUCACCGGCCUGCAAUGGUCCCCCACGCGGCCCGCGGUGUUCCUGGUCCAGGACGACUCGGCCAAUAUCUACGUCUGGGACCUGCUACAGAGCGACCUGGGCCCCGUGGCCAGACAGCCCGUCUCCCCGGAUAGGCGGUGGGCCAUGACUGUUGUCGGGGAGCCAGAGAAGGCGGCCGGCGGCUUCCUGGCCCUGGUGCUGGGCAGAGCCUCUGGCGCAGUGGACAUCCAGUACCUGAAGAGGCGCUGGGCGGCCCCAGCAGGGGACGAGCACCACCAGCUGCUGCAGCUCCUGCAGGAAGCCUCCCGGAAGGAGGGGACACCGCAGAGUCAGGGGGAGCCGUGAGCACCCGUGCGGUGGCGCAUGUGAGAGAAGAGCAGGGGGGCCGGUUUUAUGCGUGUGCAUGUGUGCUUGUGCGUCUGUGUGUGCUCUUUAUGAGGAUGCUGACGUACCCAGCACACGCCCUGUCUAGGUGGAGAAUACGAAUGCCUGGGUGCACCACGCUCGGCACCAGCAGGGGGCGCCCAGCUCGCUCCUCAGCAUUUCUGGGUGUUCUUAGAACGGCUUUGGAAUUGCACGCUCUGCCAGGAAGGUGUGUUGUAGCGAACUGUUUUUUUAGGUGUGGACGAUACACACACACCUGCAUUAAAGGAGUCACUCCCCUGGGCUCUGCC